AUGUCCGACUACGGCGCAUACGACGACCGCCGCCGCUACCGCGAGACCCGCACCCGACCCCGCGAACGCGGUGAUCCCGAGUUCGUCCAGGAAACGACAUACAUCGAGCGCGGUAAAGGCCCUCCUCCUCGCGAUCUGGUCUACCGUCCUCGCGACGAAAGCGUCGAAGACAUCACAAGAGACUUUCCUCCCCCGUCCAACGAUCGUUAUGCUCCCCGUGGAGGAAGAAGAGAAUACGACAACUAUCCCCCACCCCGUCGCGCCCGGAGCCAGGUCGGCCGCAGAGACUACGAUGAUUACGAUGAUGACUGCGACGUUCCCGUAGCUGCUGCCGCCGCUGCUGGUGCUGGAUACGCUGCUGGACGCGCAAAGGACCGCCGCCGUCACCGCGAUCGCCAUGAUCGCGACUAUGAAUCGGAAGAGUACUCUCCCCCCCGUCGUCGUCACACAGAACGUCGCAAGUCUGGUGUCGGUGAGAUCUUGGAAGGCCUUGGACUUGGAGGAGUCGCCGCUGCUAUAACAGGACGCUCCCGCAGCCGCAGCAGGUCUAGAGAUCAUGACUCUCGUCGUGACAGAGAUGCUAGAGCCAGAUCACGUCAUGGUGGCCGCUACGACUCGGACGAAGACAGCCGCAGUCGGAGCAGAUCCAAGGGUCGUGCCGAACGCAAGUGGGCUCAGGCUGCUCAAGCCGCUCUUGUUGCUGGUGCUGUCGAGGCGUUCCGCUCUCGCAAAGACCCUGGACCCUGGACUGGAGAGAAGGGCCGUCGCAUUGCCACUGCCGCUAUUGGUGCUGGAGGUAUUGACGGCCUCGUUGAUCGCAAUCCCGACAAGAAGACCAAACGUCAUCUGGCCGAAGCCGUGAUUGGAGGUCUUGCAGCCAACCGUCUUGCCAAUGGCCCUCGCAGUAGAAGUAGAGGUCCUGCUGGCGCUAGGGACGACCCGUAUGGCCGCUCUCGCAGUCGUUCUCGAUCCAUCUUUGGUGGUCGUGGCAGAAGCCAGUCGCGUGGCCGUGAUGGCCAAGGCGGUGGUGCUGGCGGGCUUGAGAAGCUCGCAGCUGGAGGAGCUCUAGCAGCAGCUGGCAAGGCCAUCUACGACCGUGUGCGAUCCAAGUCACGUCGUAGGCGCUCCCCUUCGUCCAGCUCUGCAGACUCGUAUGUGCCUUCCCGCAAUCGUCGUCGCAACAAGGAGCGUAGCUCACCCGCUCAAUCAGAUACAGGAAGCCGCGCCGUCGCCCAGCGCGGUCGUGAUCGAAACCUGGGACCCGCCGCUGGUGCAGGUGCUGGCGCCGGCGCCCUCGCUGCUUCAACAAACAACCGCGGCGCACGUAGCGAGAGUUCUUCGAGCAGCAGCACUGAUGUGGAUGUCCGUCGCAAGCGUAUGCGAGGCAAGGAGCUGCUCACAGCCGGUCUUGCUACUGUCGCCACCAUUCACGCUGCUCAUGGUGUUUACUCCAGCAUGGAAGCUCAUGAGAAGCGCCACAAGCUCGUCCAAGAAGGUGAAAUGUCUCCCAACGAAGCUCGCAAGAAGCAGACCAAGGCAUGGGUUCAGGACGCAGCAGCCGUUGGUAUUGCUGCCUUGGGUAUCAAGGGUGCUUUCAGCGAGUGGAAGGAAAUGAAUGAACACAGACGCGAGAUCCACGAGCUGGAAAAGAAAAAGGCCAUGAAGCAGAAACGCCACGAGAAACAGGACAGAGAGGCACGUCGUGCACAAGAAGAGAGCCUGUACCGUAUGCUCCCCCUUCUACAGCAGCAACAACAACAGCAGGGCGGAGCUCCUCAGAUGCCCAUGCAGCCUGGAAACCAGAUGAUGUAUCCCGGCAGCUAUCCACCUCCACCACCUGGACCUCCACCUGCUGCGAGGUAUUAG